AUGUUGAGAUCCAGUGGUACCAAGUCUGUUUUGAGAGGCUUGCGGUUCUACUCGCACAAGGAGUUGAAGUUCGGCGUGGAGGGCCGGGCAGCACUGCUGCGCGGUGUCGAGACGCUGGCGGAUGCUGUGUCUGCCACUCUAGGGCCAAAGGGUAGAAACGUGCUUAUCGAGCAACAGUUUGGCGCACCAAAGAUCACUAAGGACGGUGUGACUGUUGCACGGGCCAUCACCUUGGAGGACCACUUUGAAAACAUGGGCGCUAAACUAUUGCAGGAGGUUGCAUCCAAGACCAACGAGGCUGCGGGUGACGGUACUACAUCUGCCACCGUGCUCGGGCGCGCGAUCUUCACGGAGUCUGUCAAGAACGUUGCGGCCGGCUGCAACCCAAUGGAUCUGCGCAGGGGUACGCAGGCAGCUGUGGAGAAGGUCAUUGAGUUUUUGAGCAAGAACAAGAAGGAGAUCACUACCUCUGCUGAGAUUGCGCAGGUGGCCACGAUCUCCGCCAACGGCGAUUCGCACGUCGGGAAGCUGCUAGCAUCUGCCAUGGAGAAGGUGGGCAAGGAGGGUGUUAUCACCAUCAAGGAGGGCCGCACCUUAGAGGACGAGCUAGAAGUGACUGAGGGUAUGCGCUUCGAUCGCGGUUUCAUCUCCCCAUACUUCAUCACCGAUGCGAAGGCCAACAAGGUGGAAUUCGAGAAGCCACUGUUGCUUUUGUCCGAGAAGAAGAUCUCCUCCAUCCAGGACAUCAUCCCAGCGCUUGAAAUUUCGAACCAAUCCAGAAGGCCAUUGUUGAUCAUUGCUGAGGAUAUCGAUGGCGAGGCGCUAGCUGCCUGUAUCCUGAACAAGCUACGUGGCCAGGUUCAGGUCUGCGCUGUCAAGGCCCCAGGCUUUGGUGACAACAGAAAGAACACCUUAGGUGAUAUCGCAGUUUUGACCGGCGGUACCGUGUUCACCGAGGAACUAGACUUGAAGCCAGAGAACGCCACCCUGCAGCACUUGGGUUCUGCAGACUCCAUCACCAUCACCAAGGAGGACACCGUCGUCUUGAACGGUAACGGUACCAAGGAGAACAUUGAGGCCCGUAUCGAGCAGAUCCGGAACUCCAUCGACUUGACCACUACCAACUCCUACGAGAAGGAGAAGCUACAAGAGCGUCUAGCCAAGCUAUCCGGCGGUGUUGCCGUUAUCAGAGUCGGCGGUGCGUCGGAGGUUGAAGUCGGAGAGAAGAAGGACCGUUACGACGACGCCCUAAAUGCUACCAGAGCUGCCGUCGAGGAGGGUAUCUUGCCAGGUGGAGGUACCGCCUUGUUGAAGGCCACCAGAGUUCUCGAUGAGGUCAAGACCGAGAACUUCGACCAGAAGCUGGGUGUUGAUAUCAUCAGAAGAGCUAUCGCUCAACCUGCCCGCAAGAUCAUUGAGAACGCCGGAGAGGAGGGCGCCGUCAUUGUCGGCAAGAUCAUCGACGACUUUGGAGAAGACUUCACCAAGGGCUACGACGCCGCCAAGGGCGAGUACACCGACAUGUUGGCUGCCGGUAUCAUCGACCCGUUCAAGGUCGUUAGAAGCGGGAUUGUGGACGCCUCUGGUGUGGCCUCCUUGUUGGCUACUACCGAGGUCGCCAUUGUGGACGCCCCUAAGCCCGCUAAUGCCGCUCCACCUGCCGGCAUGCCAGGCAUGCCGGGCAUGAUGUAG